UGUACGGCAUGAGGGUCAGAAUAGCCCUGGCAGAGAAGGGAAUAAAGUACGAGUACAAAGAGCAGGAUUUAUUCCACAAAGGCUCACAGCUUCUGGAUAUGAACCCCGUUCACAAGAAGAUACCGGUUCUGAUCCACCAUGGCAAACCCAUUUGUGAGUCCCUCAUCAUCUUGCAAUAUAUUGAUGAGGCUUGGAAGGAUAGUGGACCUCCGUUGUUGCCCUCGGAUCCUUAUGGGAGAGCUCAUGCUAGGUUUUGGGCUGAUUUCAUUGACAAGAAGAUGUUCUGCGUGGCAAAAAAGAUAUGGUGCACAAAAGGGGAAGAAAGAGAGGCAUACAAGAAAGAAUUCAUACAGAUAUUUAAGGUAUUGGAAGGAGAAAUUGGAGAGAAGCAAUAUUUUGGGGGUGACACAUUUGGGUUUAUAGAUAUAUCUCUUAUCACAUUCUAUAGUUGGUUCCAUGCUUUUGAAACUUUUGGAGAGUUUAGUGUGGAAGCAGAAUGCCCUAAGAUUAUAAUAUGGGCUAAGAGGUGUCUUCAGAAGGAAAGUGUUUCUAAAUCUCUUCCCGAUCACAAAAAGAUUCUUGGUUUUGUUGUGGAGCUGAGAAAGAGGUUUGGAGUAGAAUAGGACCAAAGUAACAAAGGAAGGGUUUCGUUUUUCUGAAACUUCUUUUCAUUUUUUGUUGGACCAGCGUUUUGGUAGAGAUUGUAAUUAGAUACUUUGGUGUAUCUUGCAUGCUUUUGUCGGUCUAAUAAUCGGAGGAGACUACUUAAUGUGGGUCAAAGGUUAUAUAUAUUAAUCUUGUUAAUUAGUUGUGUUUUAUUGGCUGUGGUAAAUUAUACCAAUAAAAAAGAAAAAAAAAAGAAAAGAAAAAGAAAAGAAAAAGAAAAAGAAAACCUUGUUAUGUUGUAUUUUUAGCUCUGAACAUAUCUCUAGUUUUAUUAUGUAGUUAUAUUUUUUC